CUCGAUACUACUCACAAACAACUUCUAAAAAGCUCUACUUUACUAGUGUAAGAAGCAAGAUGGAAUUACACACCAAACAAUGUGGCCUCAUUAUUGGGUUGUCCAUAAUUCUGGCAUAUGCUUGCUUAGCAAGAGCAGAGACACACUAUCACAACUUCGUUAUCCAACCAACGCCGGUGAAGAGGCUGUGCAACAACCAUGUCAUCAUGACGGUGAAUGGUCAAUUUCCAGGGCCAACCUUGCAGGUGCGCAACGGAGACACCGUAGUCAUCAAAGCUACUAAUGCUGGCAAAUACAACAUCACUCUCCACUGGCAUGGAAUACGUCAAAUGAGAACACCAUGGGCAGAUGGACCUGAGUAUGUGACACAAUGUCCAAUUAGGCCAGGAGGAACCUACACAUACCGAUACACAAUCGAAGAGCAAGAAGGGACGUUAUGGUGGCACGCUCAUAGCAAAUGGUUGCGAGCCACUGUAUAUGGAGCUCUAGUCAUUUAUCCGAAGCUCGGAUCUUCAUAUCCCUUCCCAAAACCUGCAAGAGAAUUUCCUCUAAUCUUAGGGGAAUGGUGGAACAGAGACCCUAUGCAAGUUCUUCAACAGUCUAUGAUAACAGGAGCAGGUCCAAAUGUGUCUGAUGCAUAUACUAUUAAUGGUCAACCUGGGGAUCUCUACAGCUGCUCUAGUCGAGAUACAACUACAUUUCCUGUUAAAGCCGGCGAAACAAUUCUCCUGCGGAUCAUCAAUGCUGCACUCAAUCAACAACUCUUUUUCGCAAUUGCUAACCACCAGAUGACAGUCGUAGAAGCAGAUGCAGCUUACACCAAACCAUUCACCACUAACAUUGUCAUGAUUGGGCCAGGACAAACAACCAAUGUCCUUAUUACAGCGAACCAGCCACCAGGCCGCUACUACAUAGCAGCUACAGCCUAUUCCAGUGCUCCUGGGGUUGCCUUUGACAACACCACCACAACUGCAAUCCUCGAAUACACAUCACAACGUUUUUCAAGACCAGUCCUCCCACAAUUACCAGCAUGGAACGACACAAACACUGCAAAUUCAUUCACAGCUCAAUUUAGGAGCAUUUCUCGUGGGAAAGUCCCACUUCAAAUUGAUCAAAACCUCUUUUUUACUGUCAACCUCGGGUCAAUCAACUGUUCACGGCCAAGUUUCCGCUGCCAAGCACCUAACAACACUAUGUUCACUGCUAGCAUGAACAACGUAUCAUUCGUUCUACCAAGAAGAAACUCUAUACUACAAGCAAUGUACCAAAAUACUCCUGGUGUCUUCACCACUGACUUCCCUCCAGUGCCACCACUGCAAUUCGAUUAUACUGGAAACGUAAGCAGAGGUUUAUGGACACCUACUCGAGGGACAAAACUUUACAAGUUGAAGUUUGGAUCACAUGUACAGAUAAUUUUACAGAACACUAAUAUCGUCACAGUUGAAGAUCAUCCAAUGCAUCUCCACGGUUACCAUUUCUUUGUGGUUGGUACUGGUAAAGGUAACUUUAAUCCACAAACAGAUCCUGCUAGAUUCAACCUGGUUGAUCCACCAGUAAGGAACACGGUUGGAACAACUCCUGGUGGAUGGGUUGCUAUUCGGUUUAUAGCUGAUAACCCAGGGGUUUGGCUAAUGCACUGUCACCUGGAUGUUCAUAUUAGCUGGGGUUUGGCUAUGGUAUUCUUGGUUGAGAAUGGUGUCGGCGAAUUACAGACGUUGGAAGCCCCACCACGAGAUCUUCCUCAAUGCUAAGUAAACACAUUGGAUUCGCAUAAGAUCCGUCUAUAAGUUAAAAGCUCUAAUUGAAGGACUAAGAUGCUAUGUCUCAAGCUCAAAGGACAGUCUCAUCACAAAAUAAUGUAAUGUUUGUCAUUUUUCUUGGUACCUGUUUGUGCGGAACAGGGUAAAUCUCUAUAAAUUACCUCUCCAUUUUUGUAACCGUGA